GCCUGUUCUGUUUCGCGAAGCCGCUGCUCGGACGUUUCGCCUCAGAACCCACCGGCCACGCCGCGCCGCUAACCUGGACCGGCGGCCGCGCCAGAGCGCAUGCGCACCCUUAUUUAGCCGGGCGGAGGAAUCUCGUGAACCUUCCGGGAUAACUGUUGCGUCAUAAAGAACUCCGCGCGGGAGGGCGAGGGGGUGAUGCGGCCGAAGCAGCCGCAGUGCUGAGAGGAGGCCGCUUCGCGGAGGGAAACCUGAGGGAGCCCGCGCGGGGGGAGGGCGCCGCCUGCGCUGCCGGACGGGAGGGGGGGCGGCGAACGCCGCGGAAAGCAGCCAAGAGCCAGGCGGGGCAGACGGAGGCGGCCCCACAGAGCGCGACGGGAUAAGGGAAAGAAAGAGCGCCCCGCCGGCCCUUCGCCCGCUUCCGCCCAACUACCGCCGCGCUUCUUCCGCCACCGAAAAAUAGUCCCCUUCCUUCCUGCCUGCCUCCCCGCGCGCCGCCCUCAGCAGGCUCCGCCGCCGCGAUGGCGCUGAAGAGAAUCCACAAGGAAUUGAAUGAUCUGGCACGUGAUCCUCCAGCACAGUGUUCUGCGGGGCCUGUUGGAGAUGACAUGUUCCAUUGGCAAGCUACAAUAAUGGGACCUAACGACAGCCCAUAUCAGGGUGGGGUGUUUUUCUUGACAAUUCACUUCCCAACAGAUUACCCCUUCAAACCACCUAAGGUUGCAUUUACAACAAGAAUUUACCAUCCAAAUAUUAACAGUAAUGGCAGUAUUUGUCUUGAUAUUCUACGGUCACAGUGGUCUCCAGCAUUAACUAUUUCAAAAGGUAAACUGGCUUUGCUUUCUGCUAAUCUGAAACUGGUUGCAUACUUAACAGUGGUGGUCUUGUUCUUCUUGGGCAUCUGCAUGAACUGCUUUUGUUUUCUGCCAAUACUCCCUUCAAAUGUAAAGCUACAUAGGUUAUUGAAAUACAGUCAACAGUUAAAACCCCUGCUUCCAGAUCUUUGCCAUGGGUAAAAUUCAGAAUAUUGAUUUGCUGGUAGU